AUGCUGGACGGCCUGAAGAUGGAGGAGAACUUCCAAAGCGCCAUCGAGACUUCGGCGUCCUUCUCCUCGCUGCUGGGCAGAGCGGUGAGCCCCAAGUCUGUCUGCGAGGGCUGUCAACGGGUCAUCUCGGACAGGUUUCUGCUGCGGCUCAACGACAGCUUCUGGCACGAGCAGUGCGUGCAGUGCGCCUCCUGCAAAGAGCCCCUGGAGACCACCUGCUUCUACCGGGACAAGAAGCUCUACUGCAAGUAUGACUACGAGAAGCUGUUUGCGGUCAAGUGUGGGGGCUGCUUCGAGGCGAUUGCGCCCAAUGAGUUCGUCAUGCGGGCCCAGAAGAGCGUGUACCACCUGAGCUGUUUCUGCUGCUGUGUCUGUGAGCGGCAGCUGCAGAAGGGCGACGAGUUUGUCCUGAAGGAGGGGCAGCUGCUCUGCAAAGGGGACUAUGAGAAGGAGCGGGAGCUACUCAGCCUGGUAAGCCCGGCAGCGUCAGACUCAGGCAAAAGCGAUGAUGAAGAAAGUCUUUGCAAGUCAGCCCACGGGGCAGGGAAAGGAGCCGCCGAAGACGGCAAAGACCAUAAACGCCCCAAACGUCCCAGAACCAUCUUGACGACCCAACAGAGGAGAGCAUUCAAGGCCUCAUUUGAAGUGUCCUCCAAGCCUUGCAGGAAGGUGAGGGAGACCCUGGCCGCAGAGACAGGGCUGAGCGUCCGUGUCGUCCAGGUGUGGUUCCAGAACCAGAGAGCAAAGAUGAAGAAGCUGGCCCGGAGGCAGCAGCAGCAGCAACAGGACCAGCAGAACACCCAGAGGCUAAACUCCGCUCAGACAAACGGCAGCGGGAAUGCUGGGAUGGAAGGGAUCAUGAACCCGUACACGGCUCUGCCCACCCCACAGCAGCUCCUGGCCAUUGAGCAGAGUGUCUACAGCUCAGACCCCUUCCGACAGGGCCUCACCCCUCCCCAGAUGCCGGGAGACCACAUGCACCCAUAUGGUGCCGAACCCCUCUUCCACGACCUGGAUAGUGACGACACCUCCCUCAGCAACCUGGGUGACUGUUUCCUAGCGACCUCAGAAGCCGGGCCCCUGCAGUCCCGAGUGGGAAACCCCAUCGACCACCUGUACUCCAUGCAGAAUUCUUACUUUACCUCUUGA